AUGGUCAACGCUAUGAGAGCAGCUAUCGUCAGGGUGUUCUCGACGAAGCACUCGCUCACUCUCCCAGCGGCUGCGCUGGCUUACAUCGAGAAGGAGCUCACGGAGAAUGAGAUUCCGCAGGCUGAAUGGGUGAGUGGUUUGGAAUUCUGGGCAAAGGAAUACCUCAAGGGAGAAGAAUCAUCAUCUCUGGUCAAUCUUCCUGCUCUGAAAAGGGCGUAUGAGAUCCUGCAACUAGGGGCCAUUGACGAUGAUGAUGCGCCCGAUCCGACUGAGAUUAACAUUGAGGCGCACUUCUCGGUGGUUGAUGCGUUUGAUAUGCCGCCUGUGCAUUUCGAUGCUAUUCGAGGGGGUUUCACGACGAGCAAGACGAAAAGUAUAGGAGGACAACCAAGUAGUCGUUCUGCCUUCUUGCGCGAAAGAUGGGGUAUCAUCAAAGAGAUCAUUCUGCGAAACGAGAACUUCACACCGCCAGCACUAGGAGGUCAUGAUCGAGCUUCAUACCUCAAGCUCACGUCCAUCCGGAACCUCCUCGGUCGGGCAGGACAGCUGUUCUUGCUCUUCGGGAUGCUGAGUCGGGAUCCGCAAGGGCGGCUGUGCCUGGAAGAUGGGGAAGGGAGGGUGGUACUGGAUAUGGUGGAUGCGGUGCCUGGAGAAGGGCUGUUCACGGAGGGCUGCAUGGUCAUGAUUGAAGGAGAAUACACCAUUGAGGAGAAUGUGAGGGUGUUGGCUAUGGGCCACCCGCCCAGUGAGAAAAGGGAUGUAGCGAGGGGUUUGCAUGGUCAUGUAGACUUCUUAGGAACAGGUGCUGUGUCGCUCAAGGAGGAAGCGAAAUACCUUCCUACAGUCAGUGCCAACUCGCAAGUAUCAUUUGUGAUACUCUCGGACGUUUGGCUGGACCACCCUCGCACACUGCCAGCUUUACGGAGGAUGUUUGAGGGAUACGCCGGCGCCGCAGAGUUCCGGCCGAUGGCGUUCGUGUUGUGCGGCAACUUUUCACAAGGGGGCUGGGAGGGCGAAGGCGGAUUGAAAAGAUACACCAACGGCUUCAAUGCGCUCACCGACCUCCUCGUCUCCCUCCCCCUACUCCACACUUCUCACUUCAUCUUUGUCCCCGGCCCCCUAGAUCCCUGGUCCUCCGCCACCCUCCCCCGUCCACCUCUCCCUCAAACCUUCACCUCGCGCCUCGCAGCGCGGAUACCGAAAGCUCGCUUCGUCAGUAAUCCAUGUCGGAUCCGGUACUUUGGGCAGGAACUGGUCAUCUGCCGAGAAGACUUGAUGGGCCGGAUGAUGCGGAACCUAGUCAGCGUCAAAGAUGAAGAAGCGAACAUGAAGCGUUUCGAGCUGACCGCCCAGCUCGUCCAGACUGUUCUAGACCAGAUACACCUCUCCCCCCUCCCCCUCGCCAUCCGACCUACAUUAUGGGAGCAUGACCACGCCCUUCGUCUGUACCCCAUGCCGAGCUCAGUCGUCCUCGCGGACAAGUAUGAGCGGUAUGAACUCACGUAUGAGGGAUGCCACGUCUUCAACCCUGGUCGGUUUGUGUGUGGAGGUGGAGCGGCGGGAGGGGAGUUUGAGUGGUCGAUGUAUUAUCCGGCGACGGGUCGGAGUGAGCGAAGCGCUUUGACCCUUGAUUGA